GCUUCGUCGACCGUGACGUCCGAAUCCCCUUCUUCCACUACCCCAAUGGAGGAUGCGAUUCGUGAAAAGAUAACAACCCACCUAGCCCCCCGCACCCUCCAAAUCCACAACGACUCGCACCUGCACGCCCAUCACUCCGCCAUGCGCGGCGUCACGUCCCGCGAGACGCAUUUCCGAGUCGUGAUCUCAUCGGACGCCUUCAAGGGAAAAAUGCAGCCGGCGCGCCAUAGAUUGGUUUACGGGUUGCUCAAGGACGAGAUGGCCAAGGAGGGCGGGAUCCAUGCGUUGCAGUUGAGGACGAUGACGUUGGAAGAGGAGGAUAAGAGGAGGGAGAAGGAGGAGGAGGCAGAAGAGAGGGCGAGGACUUGCAAGGACUAGUUCUAGCUAGGGGAAUGAAGUGGAUGGUAUGAAGAAAGGGAGGUGAAGGACAGGAGAGAGUAUAAGUAGGGACUGCAUGUGAUGGUUUGGAAUGUUGUCAGCAGAAGAUCUGAUGUGAGAAAGGCAGAAGUUGAAGAAAGAGAGACAAGGAAAAGAGAGAGAGAGAGAGAAACGAAAUGAUACCCAUGAUUCUAUAGAACGCAUCAACUUUGUACGGCGAGAGCAUCUUUAGACCCAGACGGAGGGGCCAAAUUAUCACGAUAAUAGUCU